AUGUCUGGACCACCGUCGUCACUGCCACCAUACAAAUCAACAUCAGAAACGAAGUCACCGAACCCUGAUACGUUGCUGUCGCCUUCGCUUCACCCAUCUGGGGAUAUUAGAGCUUUACCACCAUGGCCAUUGCCCAUAUCACCCGCCAGAAGAUCUUUCGUUCGUAGCGAACAGACACUGGUCGCUGGGGAGAUGUCUAGCGAUCAAUCACCUCGCUCUAGUAGCCAGGGACUAGAUCCAGAGAAAGCUGAAGCGCCUCCUCUUGCCGUCUUCAAAGCAGAUUUCACAGUCUACAUGGCAUUCACAGCGAUCGCUGUACUGACACUGAUGGUCGCGCUUGACUCCACGGCUCUCUCUGUCGCACUACCCGUCAUCGCUCAGAAAUUGAAAGGAGAUGCCCUAGAAGCGUUUUGGUCAGCAACAGCAUACCUGCUGACCUCCACUGUGUUCCAGCCUACGACUGCAGCUCUUUCCGACGUGUUUGGGCGUAAGUGGGUGACAUUUGCUUCAGCGCUGCUGUUCUUGGCUGGCAUCAUCAUAGCUGGCAAUGCAAAUGAUUUCAUCGUUUUAUUGACUGGUAGGACUAUCCAAGGCAUUGGUGGAGGGGCAGUCGAGGUGCUCGCUCAGCUCAUCAUUUGCGAUCUCAUCCCCCUGAGGAUCAGAGGCCAAUGGUUCGGUGUGAUAAGUGCCAUGUACUCCGUUGGGACUGUCUCUGGCCCUUUGCUUGGAGGCGUCUUUGCUCAGAAAGUGACUUGGCGGUGGAUUUUCUGGAUCAAUUUACCGUUUGUUGGCGCAUCGAUCAUCAUGACACCCAUCUUCAUACGACUCGGUGCUUCUACUGAUACAUCUCUAUUUCAACGCUUCCUACGAAUCGACUGGAUAGGUUCUGCAUUGUUCAUCGCCGCUUUCACCUCGCUUCUCAUCCCCCUCUCUUGGGGCGGCGUCCAGUACCCCUGGGAUUCAUGGCACACUAUCGUCCCCUUAAUCAUGGGCCCCAUAGGUCUUGUCCUCCUCUACAUCUACGAAUCGCACUACGCAGCCAAUCCAAUCAUUCGGACCAACAUCUUCAAAAGCCGAAAUGCUGUCAUCGCCUACGUCACCGUCAUAAUUCAUGGUCUCGUAGUCACCACAAUCCUCUACUAUCUCCCACUUUACUACCAAGCUGCCAAGGGUCUGGACCCCAUCAUUUCAGCAGUAGCACUCUUCCCUGAAACAUUCACCAUUGCGCCGGGCGCAUUUGUUGUUGGUGCUCUUAUCGCACGGUUCAACAGCUAUCGCUGGUCCAUCUGGUCAGGGUGGGCAAUCACUACCGUCGGUGUCGGUGUCUUGUAUCUACUCGACGAGUACACAUCAACAGCAAAAUGGAUACUUCUCAAUCUCGUCGUCGGCAUUGGUAUCGGCUUUAAUUACGUCGCAAUCGGUGUCAUGCUCCAAGCGGCAGUUCCAGAAGAGGACAUGACGUCCGCCAUCGCGCUCUUCACAGUGUUCCGCCCUUUCGGACAAGCAUUAGGCGUUGCCAUAGGCGGCGUCAUCUUCCAGAACCGUUUCAGAGCCAAAUUGGCAGCCAUCCCCGAAUUUGCCACCCUAGCGUCGCACUAUGCGAAUGAUGCGUCCGGACUGGCACAGGUGAUUCAGGCAAUGACUGGUGGAGGUCGGAAAGAUACCCUGCUCAAAGCGUACACAGACUCGCUGAAAAUGAUAUGGGGAGUUCUAUGCGCUUUCUCUGGAGUGGCAUUGAUCCUCUCAAUCCCCAUCAAAUCCAUAAGUCUCGAUCGCGAAUUCGAGCCCGUGCAAAAAAUCGGCAAUCAAGAUACGCCUGCGACCGCUGCAGUGAACGCCUCUAGCACUGAGAAAGAGAUAGGGAAAAUGGGCAGCGACUUGGCGAAACGGUCAUCUACGGUAUUACGUAAUAGCACUGUGGGAAGUAGACCUCACCAACGCUCUUCUGCUGUUGAUGUCCGUAACUCGCAUCGAUACUCGAGGGAGAUUGGCGGGUUUCAUUCCUUCCCUGUCAAUUUGACCCAGCCACGCGUGUAUGCGCCAGCGAGAAAUAGUAGACCAGAUUCUCUGUUGCUGCUUCCCUUCCCAGAGGAGCAACCUUCGCUAGCUACGAUGAUAGAUGGACAUUUUGGGAGGAAGAUGGAAGAAGGGCGUUUCUAG